AUGGUUGGUGGUAUUAUUGGUUUGGUGGCUACCAUUUAUUUAAAGCCACGUCGAAAUCGAUUCAGUGAAAAUUCGGUGCAUCAAAUGAGUUCACCGACAAAUGCGCUUCUUGGAACUUUUAUGCUUUGGUGGGGUUGGUUUGGAAUUAAUUCUGGAUCAGCCUGGGGUGUUACCAAUGGUCGUUGGCGACUUGCAGCCAGAGCAUCGGUGGCAACAAUUAUGAGCUCAAUUGGCGGUGGUGUCACAUCAAUUACAUUUAGUUUUGCUAAAACAAGAAAAUUACAAGUUAAUUAUCUAAUCUUUGGAUUACUUUCUUCAGUAGUUGCUAUUACAGCAAUUUGUGCCGUUGCACGACCCUGGCAUGCAUUAUUGAUCGGUGCAAUCAGUUCAACAAUUUCCAUCUCAGUAAUACCGGCAUUGGAAUUUUUGAAAAUUGACGAUCCGGUUGGAAUUAUACCAAUUCAUCUUACAUCAUCCAUAUGGGGUAUGUGUGCAGUUGGUAUUUUUGCGGAGGAUGAUCAGGUGCUGAUUUUGGGUAAAAGUCCUCUUGGAAUACGGGUUACAGAUUACGAGGAGCAGAUUGGUGCUGAUGUUGUAGAACAUGGCUUAGCUGGCACUAACAUUGCACGAUAUCAUGUUGAAAAACCGUUAUCAUCGAAAACUUUUGCAACUGUUACAAAAGCAAUAACAAAAUGGAAAAUUCAAACACGUGCUAAUCGAGCAUUACGUGAACAAAACGCUAUACGCGGAUCUCGACGUGAACCAGAUGGUGUGUUAAUUCGACAACGUAAAAGUAAACUUUCUAAUGAUACUUUCUUUCCACUAAGUCAUCGAUCACGACAUUUGCCUUCACGUGUAAAAAUGAGCACCACACCUUCAAUAUUACUUUCAUCAAACAUUCCCAAACAGGGCAAUUUAUUGUCGCAACAAUUUCGACAUUUCGUAACACCGUUUAGAAAAAAAGAAGAGAAUAGGAAAUAUGAAACAGUACCUACUGCGAAACGAUCAAUGAACGAUGAAGAUGGAAAAAAUCCAAAUUACAUUAGAAGAAUAUCAAAAUCAAAUUUUAUACCAAUAAUGAAUAGUCGAUUUACAAAUGACGCUAUUGGUACGUUACAAUCAUUAAAUCUGAAUCGAUUACAAUUGGAUCAUAGUACUGUACCGGUACAGGUACAGAUAUAUCGAAGAUCACUGGAUCAUGAUAUCGUAUCAGAUAGACGGGUGCUUCAGUGUGUCAAAUCAAGUACAGAUUCAGAGAAUACAACCAGGAUUGUUACUUCUGACACAUCGUUUAGGAAUAAAAUUUUACCAUUAAUUUCUGAUGCUGUUUAA